AGUAUUGACAUUUAAAAACGAAGAUAUUGUGAUUAAAAACAGUAUGAUAUAAAUUACAUUGCCGAUAAUUUAUUCUCGUACUCGUUAAUGCGCAAAGUUAUGACGAGUAAAAUAUCUGUCCAUGCAACGCGAGAAGCGGGGAAGUCACCUAAGCGUCUAAUCGUAGAGGGGACCUGGUAGUUAAAAACAGACUAAGGUUGCCGAAGUCUCAAACGCGCUCUUUGUCAUCGUGCGGACACUAUCGCUCAAUCGCGCUCGACAUCCGAGCGUUCGGAAGCCGCGCCGCGACAGCAAGCGUGUCCUUCCUUCUCGAGGCGUACGCGAAAAGUAUGCGUGCGUACGACCGCGAAAGUUGAAGUUGCCGAAAAGCGAAGUGAAACGGACAGGAUAAACGAAUCGCGGCACGUUCCUCGAUUUCAUCCGGUCGAAUCGCGAGGCGCGCGAACUUCGUAUUCCAAGCGCGCGUAUAUUUCUCUAUACGCCACACGUGCGUCGCGUCGGCUAUUUUUACUCAAUCGCAAGCUAUCAUAUCCUCGAAUAGUGUCGCCCGUGUGAUUACCACGGAAUACCGUGCCCGAUCAGAUGCGAUCGUCGAUGUUUCAUUUUAUCGGGAAAAACGACGAGAUCCGUUGGCCUUAGGACCAGUUCAAACAUCGUCUUCUCAAUUUUAUUCAUCUAAAUAGAAAAAAAAAAAAAAAAAAAAAAAGGGGGAGCAUGAUCUUUCGGAUAUGUCGCACCUCUCUUUCUCAGCAAUAGCAAUGGCCUUGAGGAAGCUUUUGAUCGAUAAAUAUUAGAUUCAUUCGGUUCUCUCUCUUUCUCUCUUUGAGUACAGCUUUUGAUGAAUCCGCGAACAUACAUCGACUUCGAUUCCGGAAGUUUGUCAUAAAGGUGCGGUUUACGUCUCUCCUUUUUUCUUCUUUUUACGCAUUGACGGGCCGGACGUCGCAUAUGACGCGCUUUUGUAAUGGGAGGGAAAUGUCGGUCUCGAUGGAGACUCGACGGUAAUUGGGACGAGACACAGACGCUAGACACAGCCACGGAAUUCGCAGUUAACGUAUAAUCUUGCAUAAUCUCAUCAUCGGGUCACUUCCAACACACAUUCCCGGCACGAUCGGCGUAACAUUUGAAUCAUGGCGGAAACAGAAAAGAGAUACACGCACGCAUAUGGACAGCUGCGCAGAUUAACGAGCACGAUAGACGGUCAAAUUAGACAGUUGAGCUCCGAAUAUGGACUCACAGAAGAUCAGGUAGCAGAAUUCAAAGAGGCAUUCAUGCUCUUCGACAAGGACGAAGAUGGCACGAUUACGAUGGCGGAAUUAGGGGUUGUCAUGCGGUCUCUCGGUCAAAGACCAUCGGAGACAGAAUUGCGCGAUAUGGUGAAUGAAGUGGAUCAAGACGGAAACGGUACCAUCGAGUUUAAUGAAUUCCUGCAGAUGAUGUCGAAGAAGAUGAAGAGCGCCGACGGGGAAGACGAACUUCGCGAGGCGUUCCGAGUGUUCGAUAAGAACAACGAUGGCUUAAUAUCCUCGAAGGAGCUGCGACAUGUAAUGACGAAUCUCGGUGAAAAAUUAUCUGAAGAGGAAGUCGAUGAUAUGAUCAAGGAGGCGGAUUUAGAUGGCGAUGGAAUGGUCAACUACGAAGAAUUCGUGUCGAUCCUGAUGUCGAAAAAUUAGUUCGCGGGAAUCGAAAGAAGACAUGUAGAUUCGAAGAUAACGAAGGAUCCUCGACGGAGCAAAAAGAAAUGGAUCCGCCACUCAAGUUCCUCGACUUCGUAGGAUUGUAGCGAGAAAUCGUUUCAUGCCCCAUGAAACUAUAAUCGCAACCGUCGACGGAAAAAAUCAAAAGCUCGACGAUUGAUCGACCGCGGCAUGUACGAGACGUUGUGAGAUCGAAUUGCACCAACAUACCAAUUUUACUCUAUAGCUUCGUGAGAACGACCGAUGUGUCGAAGAUUUCGCGCGUAAGUAGCGCAGGUAGAGGAUUGAAGAGACAUCGGAAGUCUUUGACUUCGAGCGGGAUGCGCGAGUCUCGCCAUGAAUAGUAAAGCUACGGCCGGAAAAUUGAGAGGAGAGACUUUCUUCCGCGAAUUUUGCACAUACGUACACGCAUAUUAUAUACACAGAUACACCUCGCGCUCCUUCGGACUAAUCUUAGACGAGUACUUGAGAUUUUUAGAUAUAACGGAAACGUAACGUAAUGUUAAAAUAAAGAGAAUAUGUCCAAAACACACGACGGGGGAGGGAAGCGUGACCCGCCGCGCCGCCACCCGGAACAAUCAACCGAGCUUUGUUUAGACUUUUACGUACCCUUGAACUUUAUCUCCCCGCCUCCCCUGAUAACUUUACGGAGCGGAGAAUUUAGGAAUUACCUAGCUUUCCAUCGCCCCUUUUAAGCAUCCU